AUGUCUCAACCACAGACCGUAAAUGUCGCAGAUCUCGACAUCGCACAGCUUUCAGAAGUCAGAAAGCAGCUAGAAGAGGAACUGAACCACCUCACGAACUCCUUUGCUCAGCUCAAGCAAGCACAGGCGAAGUUCAAAAGUUGUAUCGAAAAUGUGAACGAAGUGAAGCCGCAAAAUAAAGACAAGACGAUCCUCGUACCGUUGACCAACUCCCUCUACGUUCCUGGCAAACUUUCAGAUCCAGAACAUGUCAUUGUCGACGUCGGAACCGGAUACUACGUGAAGAAGACACGGGAACAAGCCAUAAAGCACUAUUCCAACAAAGUCGAGUACAUCCGAUCAAACGUCGAGACUCUAGAAGACACGAUUCAAAAGAAGAGAGAGAACAUGAACUAUCUGAUCGGGAUACUGCAGCAGAAGAUCCAAGCACAGACGCAGGGAGGACCAACGGAAUCGAGAUCAUGA